AUGAUCCGAAAAGCGUCGCGACGGCAGAUUCGAAAAGCGUCGCUGACGGCAAACCAGGCGAUGCUUCUGGAUCGGGUUUGGUGGUACCCACUACCCGAGACACCCGAGACGCAGGGACUGGUGGUGGCGCUCGUGUACCUGGUGGUAACCAUCCUUUUCCAGCACUUCUACUUCACGCCUGACUCGCCUUGGCUGCUGGAGUACAAUGCAGCGCUCGCGUGCAUCUGCUACAUGGCCUUCCUGGGCUUCAUCGACGAUGUGCUCGACAUCCCCUGGCGUGUCAAGCUCAUUCUGCCGUCUAUAGCGGCCCUGCCUCUCCUGAUGGCCUAUUCAGGCCACACCACCAUCGUCAUCCCCAAGCCGCUGCGGCCGCUGCUGGCAGGGCUGGCAGGCGAGGAGGUGGCCGUGUGGGACCUGGGCGUGCUGUACAAGGUCUACAUGGGCAUGCUCGUCGUCUUCUGCUCUAAUUCCAUCAACAUUCUCGCGGGAGUGAACGGGUUGGAAGCUGGGCAGACUGCUGUGAUCGCUGCUGCGGUGCUGCUGUUCAACAUAUGGCAGAUAGGCGAGCUGCCGGGCUUGAAGCUGCCACUGCAGCCGGACAUGCAACAGGCGCACCUCUUCUCCAUCUACCUCAUCCUCCCUCUGCUUGCAUGCACUCUCGCUCUCCUCGUCUUCAACUGGUACCCCUCGCAGGUCUUUGUGGGCGACACCUUCACCUACUUUGCUGGAAUGACACUCGCUGUGGUCGGCAUUCUAGGCCACUUCAGUGAGACUCUUCUGUUGCUCUUCCUCCCUCAGGUCAUCAAUUUCAUCUACUCCAUUCCCCAGCUCUUCAAGUUCGUGCCGUGCCCAAGACAUCGCCUGCCCAAGUUUGACCCGGCCACGCACCGCCUGACGGGCAGCAGCGACCUCAACCUCGUCAACCUCUUCCUGCGCCUCUUCGGCCCCUGCACAGAGGAACACCUCUGCAUCCGCCUGCUGCUCUUCCAGGUACUCCCUGCCCUUCCAGGUACUCCCUGCCCUUUCAGGUACUCCCUGCCCUUCCAGGUACUCCCUGCCGUUCCAGGUACUCCCUGCCGUUCCAGGUACUCCCUGCCCUUCCAGGUGCCGCGUGCUUUGUCAGGAGCCCCAUUGGCAGCUCUAGCUAAUGUUGCUGUCACAGGUCCCUUUGCUCUCCUCUGCUUCACAUUACUCACCCCCUUCGUGUUUGCUCCCCUUUUCCCUCUCCCACCCGGCGCUCACCUCUCUCGCCGCGCAUUCUCCUGUCGUUGGAGCCUCUCUUUACUUUCCCUCCCUCUUGUCCGAUGCAGGUACUCUCUGCUCUCCUUUGCUUCUCUGCCCGCCUUGUCCUUCAAGGGUGGUACAAAUGAGGCAGUGCACUCAAACUACACCACUUUGUGA